UACAUUUCAAAUGCUUUCUAGGGUUUAAAUUUAGAGCUCAUUCUUCCAUCAACAAAAGAUGUUCUACCUUGAAACGAUAUUGUUAUUGCUUAUCCCUCUAAUUGGAGCGCAGUGCCCCGACGCUACAAACUUGAAACCAUGCAAAUGCAGUGAAUCAAACAACCAGAACCGCCUGCAGUGUCGUGGCUCAAUCGGACUACCUCGUCUAACGUCCAUUUUGAGGAAAGAUCUAUGUGGGCUCACCAUAAAUAAGUUCGAGCUCACUGAAGCUGAUAUCGAAUACUUACCGAGUAAUCUUUUCUUUAAGAUUAUUGUGAACGAUAUUCAGAUUGCUCAUACCAACAUCAGCCAUUUUACUAGAGCAGGUCGUUCCGCGUUCUAUGGCCUAGAAGACGACCUACAAUCCCUGUCAAUGCGUCGAUGUGCUCUUGUCGACUCUCUUCAGUGGCAGAUGAUUGGAGAUCUCAACGCUCUGACUUACCUCGACUUGUCUUACAAUUGGCUGACUAGAAUUCCUUGGCAGUGGUUUGAGCUCCCACCACCCAAUCUGCGUUCUCUUAUUCUGAAAGGAAACAAAAUUGGCAGCCUCGAGCCUGGCGCCUUGAGAUUCAUGCACAAACUCGUCGAAUUAGAUUUAUCGGAGAAUCAAAUCCAAACCUUGGAAAGAUCUGCUUUCCCGAUGCCGGGAAAUGGGCUUCUUUUCCUCAGAUUGAGCUACAACAAUCUUGUUUCACUCCCUGAAAAUAUGUUUUCGGAAAUGCUUGGCCUGCGCAGAUUGUAUUUGGACAGCAAUCAAAUGACAACCCUUCAAGAAUCAACAUGGGUGCAUAUCUGGGGAGAUUUAGAACAUCUAGAUCUUUUGGAUAAUCCAUUACAGUGUGAUUGUGAUAUGCAAUGGGUGUCUAUGCUACGAACACCACAAAGAUUGUAUGGCAUCUGCACCGCUAUGAACUUGACUGGUCAGCAGCUCAAAACUUUGGAGGAAAAAAAUUUCCAGUUUUGCAAGAGCUGAAAGUUGGCGAAAUUUAUUCGCAAAAAAACUCAAAACUCUUGCCAGGAAAAGGGGAUGAAAACAAACAUUUAUUUAGGACACUUUAACAGUCAUUUCUACCACCUAAGCAACAUAAUAGCAUACUUCUAAGGAAUGAGCUACUUUCCCAGCUAAGGGUUUAACCUUGAUCUGGGAAAGUAUGUGGCUGCUGCUAUGAGAUUAACAAUUUUGCUUUUUAAAUGUAUGUUUUGUAGUAUUGAAUUGUUCUGCUAUGUAUUGUAUCUUUUAUAAUCGAUUUAUUUUGCAUCAAGACUGACAUGCUUUUUUUCCGCGCUAAAAUUUUGAAACAAGGCACACCGCCCCUUUAGUUUAAUGGUUCUGCAACAUACGUUGCAAAUUUAGUAGCCCCUCCUCAUAUCGCUUGUCAAAAUUAAAAAAAAAAUGAUAUAUCAAUAUAAUCGAGGUUAAGAACAAUGAUUCAAAGGUACAAAAUACGUGUUUCUUUUUAAUCUUAAAAAAAAAAAAAAUUAAAAACAUUGCAAUUAUUUUAUUUUUUGGUGAAAUGUGAAUUCAAACAGAAAAAAUAGUUUGUAGAGAACAGGGUUGCCAAGAGCCAAGGUCUUUUCAGUCUGGCUAAACUUGUGAACAUGGGUGCAAGCUUCCGGAAAAUAUCGAGUGCCUCCCCCCAUAUAUAUGCAAACUUAAGUUGAAAAUCUAUCUAUUCAUGUUUUUGAUUUCAACUUUGUUAAUUUUUGAUUAUUUGAGAUUUUUAAUUUUUUAAACCUUUCUCAUUUGUAACAAUUAUAUGAACAUAGUUCUAAGUAGUUUUUCAAGCGA